AUGGAGAUGAAUCCCCAGAGGCAAACAGGGGCGCCGGCUCCUGCGGAGCCCCUCACUCACCCGUGCCGGCCGCGGAGCCGCUCCCCGCCGCGCUACUGGAUCAGAUCCAACCCAUACCAAACCAACCUGCUUCGAGACAGCGUGCGGAGGUACCUGCAGCUGCCGGCAGACCAGACGGUACUGAUACUGCAUGCCAAAGUUGCACAGAAGUCAUACGGCAAUGAAAAAAGGUUUUUCUGCCCCCCACCUUGCGUUUACCUGAGCGGGCCGGGAUGGAAGUUAAAACAGGAGCAGAUAAAAGCCAGGGACCUGGGAGAGGCGGGUUUUCAGGUGUGCGGGUACAUGGGGCUGGACAGCAUGGGCAGCAGCCUGAUGGAGACCCAGAAGCUCAGCUUCGAGGAGCAGCAGGACGCAAAGGGCUUCGGCUGUGCCAAGGCGCUGUACAUCUCGGACGCGGACAAGCGCAAGCAUUUCCGCCUGGUCCUGAAGCUCUUCUUCAGCAACGGGCAGGAGAUCGGCACCUUCCACAGCAAGCUGAUCAAGGUCAUCUCGAAGCCCUCGCAGAAGAAGCAGUCGCUGAAGAACACGGACCUCUGCAUCUCCUCGGGCUCCAAAGUCUCCCUCUUCAACCGCCUGCGCUCCCAGACUGUCAGCACCCGCUACCUCUCUGUUGAGGGGGGAGCCUUCAUCGCCAGCGCCAGGCAGUGGGCAGCCUUCACCCUCCACCUGGCCGAUGAGCGCUGCACCCGGAGCGAGUUCCCCCUGCGGGAAGGGUAUAUCCGCUACGGCUCUGUGGUCCAGCUGGUCUGCACGGCCACCGGCAUCACCCUGCCUCCCCUGAUCAUCCGGAAGGUGAUGAAGCAAUACGCUAUGCUGGAUGUGGAUGAGCCCAUCUCCCAGCUCCACAAAUGUGCCUUCCAGUUCCAGGGCAGCGACCGCAUGUACCUAUGUCUCUCCACGGAGAAAGUAAUCCAGUUCCAGGCAUCUCCCUGCCCGAAGGAAGCCAACCGGGAGCUGCUGAACGACGGUUCCUGCUGGACCAUCAUCGGCACUGAGACGGUGGAAUACACCUUCAGCGAGAGCCUGGCCUGUGUCCGCGAGCCCGUCAGCCCCGUGCCACUCAUCACUGCCCUGCAGCUCACGGGCGGCGGGGAUGUGGCCAUGCUCGAGGUGCAGGGGGAGUAUUUCCACGCACACCUCAAGGUCUGGUUCGGAGAUGUGGAAGCAGAGACGAUGUACAGGAGCCCCAAGUCCCUCAUGUGCGUCGUCCCUGACGUCUCUGCCUUCGGCAGUGACUGGAGGUGGCUGCGAUACCCCAUCACGGUUCCACUCCUGCUGAUCAGGGAUGAUGGCCUCAUCUACUCCAGCUCGUUCACGUUCACCUACACCCCAGAGCAGAGCUUCAUCCCAGGGCAGCAGGUCCUCUUGGAUGUCCCCCAGGACUCGGACAAAUUACUUGACAGCAUCCAUCAGGAGUUCACCAGGACCAACUUCCACCUCUUCAUGCAGAGCUAG